AUGGAGUUGCGUGACCAUGGCCAGUUGGCUGUGUUUGCCCCGACCCAUAAAGACAACACUGGCUGCCUUCCCACACCCCGUAUAAGUCUGUUUGUCACUCAAAAAGGAGAUGUUGCAAUGCAUAGUGAGCUCACACUUCUGAAGAAAAAACCAAAAAAUCAAUCAACCAAAGAAUCUAUUGUGGAGGAACCGAUUGAAGAACCCCAUGAGAUUACCAUCUGCCUGGAAACAGCGCAAGAAUCUGCUGAUAACACCUGCGAGCCUGAACGCACUGAAAAUGAGCAAGUGAAUGCUCCAAACAACUAUGAGCACCUCGAAGCCUUUAAUGAGGAGGAAAAACACAUGGAGCAGGAGCAGAGAGCUGAUAGCAGCCACUGCCAGGAGAUAGCAGAGGAAUCAGGCACUAACACCUGCCAGCCUGAAAUACCCAACAUCUGUGAGGAGCAAGUAAAUGCUCACUAUUGCCAGGAUGCCAAGGUGGAGGUCCCUGAUAUAAUGAAUAAUUCUGAGCCACUGGUGAGCAUUUGCGUAAAAGCAAAUGAAUAUGAACCACCAGUGAUGUCAAUACAGGGUAUAGAAGAACCAUCUAACAGCCCUGUUGAGCCCAGAUGCCCCAUCACACUUGAAGAUUUUAACCUGGGACAAGUGUUGGAAGAAGGUGGAUUUGGAACGGUGGUCCUGGCCAAGCACAAGAACACCAAAGAACUAUGUGCCAUCAAGGUCUUGAAGAAAGAUAACAUUUUAGAAAGGGGAAAUGUGAACAGUGUCUUCAGAGAGAAGGAAAUCCUUCAGAGAAUAAGUAAAGCUGAAAGCCCGUUCCUGGUGUCAUUACACGGAACCUUCCAAACGGACUCCCACUUGUAUUUUGCGAUGGAAUAUCUACCUGGAGGUGACAUGUGUAAUUUCCUCACACAUGUAGAAUUGCAAGAACCAGAUGUCAUGUUUUACACCGCAUGUAUAGUGCUUGGCCUGGAGGCAUUACACAAGAUGGGCAUUGUCCAUAGAGAUAUAAAACUUGAGAAUUUGCUGUUGGAUCAAGAUGGAUAUCUUAAAAUCAUCGAUUUCGGCCUCAGCAAAGACAGAUUUGGAUACACAGACCGCACAAACACCAUGUGUGGCACAAGAACUUACAUGGCCCCGGAGAUGUUUAUGGAUGUUGGAUAUGGCAUGGCAGCUGACUGGUGGGCCCUCGGAAUCAGUAUAUACACUAUGCUCAUGUAUGAGUUACCAUUCAAUAAUGAAGAUCAGAAUGAGCUAGUGAACAGCAUCAUUUAUGAUGAAAUCGAGCUGCCAGAAGACCUAUCAGAGAAUGCCUCUAACUUAAUAUAUGAACUCUUGGAAAAAGAUCCGGAAUAUCGCCUCGGAUCUGGUGAGGUUGGUGCUGAAGUGAUCAAAGAGCACCCCUUCCUGAGAGAUAUGAACUGGGAACAACUAUUAGAUAGGAAAAUAAAGCCUCCAUUUGUGUUAAACAACGAAGGACAUCAGGAGAGCUUCAAUAACCCUGAAUGCCAAGUUCCAGCAUUGACAACACCUGCUGUAAAGAUCCCAUCAGAGCUGCAAGAGGCAUUUAGAGACUUUGAUUAUACACCUGACUGA